AUGUCGGCCUCACGCUCCGCUCUCUCUGCCAUCCUCCUCGCCGUCCUGGCAGUGGCCGCCUUCGCCGCCACGGCGCCGGCGUCCAGCCUACAGGGCGCCCCCGCCCCGGCGCCAGCGAACCCGCUACCCAAGGCUGCCCCGGCCAUGGCUCCCACCCCCGCCAAGGCGCCCGCGCCCGCGCCGGCCAAGGUUGCCCCGGCCCCCGCGCCGACGAAGAAUGCUGCCGCCCCCAAGGGCAGCGCCCCGUCUCCGCACCGCCACGCCAGCUCGCCGGCGUCAGGGUCCCCGGUGGGCGAGCCUGCCCCCGCGCCCAGACCGAGCAUGCCGCCAAAGAGCGCCGCGGCACCUGCAGCCGGCUCCGCAAGCCUCGUGGCCCUGGCAGCGGCUUUCGCUGCCGUCGCGGUGCGCGCCUUCUAA